AUGCUCAAGCUCCACGACGAAAUCGAAGACCUCGAAUCCGCCAUCGACGGCCUCAGCGACUACUACAAGAUCGUCGACAGACUCGGCGAGGGCACCUUCUCGUCCGUCUACAAGGCUAUCGACCUGCAGCAUUUCGCGUUCGACAACAACGAGUGGGUCACACGCGGACCGCUCGAUCCCUUCCGCAAGGGCGUCUGCCACGUCGCCCUCAAAAAGAUCUACGUCACAUCGAGUCCGCAGCGCAUCUUCAACGAGCUCUCCAUCAUGGAGGAUCUGCGCCCCGCAGAGUACGUCUCCUACCUCAUCACCGCCUUCCGCUCCGAGGACCAGAUCGUCGCCGUCAUGCCCUACUCGCGCCACCGCGACUUUCGCGACUACUACAAGGAGAUGCCCCUCGGCGACUUCAAGUACUACUUUCGCUGCCUCUUCUCGGCCUUGCACAGCGUACACGACGCCGGCAUCAUGCACCGCGACAUCAAGCCCGCCAACUUUCUCUACGAUCCCUCCACCGGUCACGGCACGCUCUGCGACUUUGGUCUCGCCGAACGCUUCGAGCCCACCGAGUGGCGCGGCAAGUGUCACCACACCUGCCCCACACCACGACAUCCGCACGGGACCAAGGAGAUCAACCGUGCCGUCGACUCGAUCUAUUUCGAGCCUGGCAAGCCUCUUGCUGGUCGUGUCCCGACCAUCGAAGGCUUGGUCUCGGGCAGUCACCACAGCGGGCUUGCAGCGUCCACCAGCGCAGACAGUGUCGGAGGUCCUUUGCGUCCGGGCAUCUCGGCCAUGGACCCGCCUCCGGAGCGGGUGGGCUAUCUGCUCAACGAUGCACGUCAGCCCGUUCGUGCGAAUCGAGCGGGUACUCGGGGCUUCCGCGCGCCCGAAGUGCUGUUCAAGUGUCAGGACCAGACGGUGGCCAUCGACAUUUGGUCGGCGGGCGUGAUCCUGCUUACGCUGCUCAUCCGACGCUUCCCCGUGUUCAACUCGAACGACGACGUCGAGGCGCUGCUGGAGAUUGCGGCCAUCUUUGGCAAGGGGCGCAUGGAGCAGUGUGCGAUGCUGCACAACCGCACGUUUGUCAGCAACGUGCCCACCAUCCAGCACACGAACACGCUCACCGACUUUAUCUUUGGCCUCAACCCGCAACUGGCGCAUGCGGACAACCAUCCGAAUCCGGAGCAGUAUAGGCAGGAUCUGUUGGAUGCGUUGGAUUUGGUCAAGUCGUGUCUGCAUCUCAACUGUACCAGUCGCAAAACCGCCGGCGAGCUUCUCCAACAUCCGUUCUUGAGGGUCGAUCCCAUGGAGGAAGAGGUGAUGCAGCAGGAACAGGAUUUUGCAGACUACUACCAGGGCGGUGGGGAGGUGGUGGGUGCAGACCAGCGUAUGGCCGAGGAAAACGAGCUCGGCGAGACGGAGGACGACGAGUAUGCCAACAGAGAACAGGUUGUACAGCUGCAGAGCAGGCGCGGUAAUUCGGCAGAGCCCACGGACGCAGCCAACACCCCACAACAGCAGCAUGCAACCGCCACCAUCUCACCAGCGCCUCAGCCUUUGUAA